GCAGAGAGAGACGGAGCGAACUGGAAAGCAAGUACACCCCAUUUAAAAGACUUCAGCUUUGGCUGCUUCGGUUGCCUGGACUGUUCUUGUUCUUCUGCAACUCUGCUCUCUCGCUCAGCUGCUGUGAUAUCCCUUUAUUGAACUGAUGGGUUCUGGAGGUUGUGCCGAUGAUAUUUUGGAAUGUAAAGAAUCUUGUGAAAAUUUGGACAAGGCUGGGGAGCUGCAAAAGGAUGGUGCUGAGCCACAAGUGGAAUUAGGGCCUAUUACCCCUGAAGCUGACAGAGAGAAUGGGGAAUCCCAACCAACAUUUUUUAAGAAACCGUCAGUUUUAACUGUCAGGUCCAACAGAGAUGGGGAUGACCCUUUUGGUCUUUCUGAUGAUAGCUCCGGGAGUCCCCGGACACCUGAGGAUGGAGUUUUUGAUCCCUUUGCCCCUGGUCCAGAGAAGCUGGCAAUGGCGCCUAUGUGUAAGAAGUUUGUCAGCAAAGCGAGGAGUGUGGUUGCUCGUCAACUGAGUUUUGAUUCUCUGGUUCAAACUUCGGAUGAUGAGACUUCUACCGACAGUGUGGAGUCCCUUUCUGAUGAAGACAUGUUUGAAGCUGUGUAUGAAAGUUUGUUGGAAGCUAUUGUAUCUGAUCUGACUCUCAGCGUCCUUGGUGAACAUGCAAGGAAGGAUUGGGACUGUGGUGAUGACUGUACAACACCUCCAGGAACUCGAUUAAAUGGAAUUGCUGAAACCUGCCCCGGUGCUCCCUUGAGGCCUGUAGGGAAAUCAAGGAAGAUUGAUUUGGGCUUAAUCAGAAAGCUCGAAUUUUAAUUGACUCAUGCGGUUACAUGCUGAAGUACUGGUACUUCUUUCCUACAGCUGCAUCUUUUGCUAAUCUCUCUCUUCCCCCCUCUCUCUCUCUGACCAAGAUCAUACAGUAGUGCUAGCAGUGUAUAGUAGUUGAUGAAAUUAUUGUGCUUCAGCUAAGAAUAGUAGGCUUUAUUUAAAUUUCAGCAUUGGUAGCUACUAGCGGUUGUAUUCCUUCUCAAAAGUAUAUUUAUAAUUGGUUGCUGCCAGCAUUGAUAUUGUUGGUCUCUCCAUGUUUUUCUUAGAGUUUGACAUCUUGUAGCAAGUCUUUUGAGAUGAAAUGGAAACCGAUUAGUUAAUUUCAAG